UAGAACUCCGGGUACAGUUUCAAUAAGAUAACCUACAAGCGUUCACCUCUUCAGACGAUACUGGAAGAUGACUGUGACUUCUGCUUAUAUUGGAGUUCUUGUUCUCGCCUAUUGCACUUUUCAGCCCGUGAGUAGUGCAUGCAGUGAUUGUCCUUGCUGCCUCACAACUUAUAAGCAAUGUAUGGACAUUUGCGAAGACCCAAAUCAAUGUACCACCGUCUGCGUUACAAACAAGGAAAAAUGCGAAGAACAAUACUGCAAUUUAACAAAGCGGAAUCCGGAAGGUUGGAGACUAAAGGCAAAUGGUGAUUCUGUGUCGAUUCCAGACCUAGACAGCGAUAUUCCGCGGGUAACUGCUAUUCGAGGAAAUGGAGAAGGACAAGGCAACUUUUCUAAUGAUGAAGUACAAUUAGAAGAAACAUUAGAUGACUCAGAGAGUGACUGUCCUCUUUAUGGAGAAUAUUCAGCAUAA